AUGGCAAAGGGAACAAAUCUGCACAUUAAGAUCAAAUCAGACCGAGCACCAAGGUCAGCCGAAAAUGUACAGUGGAUCGGCUUGACUCGUCCACAUGGUCCCAGCUGGUAUCAGGCGUGGCUCUCCUCCCAGUUCGAAGAGCUUCCUAGUUCAAUCCUUGACAUAUUCCAUGUGGACCACGAGCGUUGUACAUCCGAGAGUCAUUGGGAGUGUUUCGUCUCGGCCUUCCUCGCAAUAUCCGAAUGCAUUGCGUCGACCAGCGCCAUAACUAUAGACGGCAUUAUAAUUCAGCUCCUGGAGAAAAGUGUCAUCGCUACCGAUGCCUCCUACGAUAGUCUUCAAUAUGCGCGAUACUUCGUCUUCAGUGUGUUGGGCUGGCAAACCAUGCUUUUCAAGCCCGCACACCCCACCGAGCCUGUCCAUCAACUCACCAUCGAGGAGCAGAGGGGCUGUUGUGAGUACACGCAUAUGUCGCUACAGCAGGAUAUGCGUGUCUGCGAGCAGGACCCUCUCAGUGAGUUCCUGAUGGGAUUCGGAGUACUGUUACCCUCGAAGAACAUUUGUCUGAACGAUGAUCAAGACGUCCUGCAUAUCUUCCAUCAGCAGGUAGAGGUCAGCGCCAGAACCUUCAAUGCGUACAAUCUGAGCUCAAUCACGGGCAUCCGAAUCAAAUGGGUGGAUACCCUGGCUUGUCAUCUCGCAUUCAACGCUAGUACCAGGGAGCUGUCGCUGUUUCAGUGUCCUUCGUUCUGCCAAUUUUGCUUGUUGACGUAUGAAUCUCUGGGUCAAGGAUCGAUUCAUGCCUGUGCGACGACGAGCAAGUUACGUUGUCAGUGGGCCACCGAGGACGAGGUCAACCAGCUGCUGCGCGAGAUUCUCUUGUCGUAUCGGCUUCUUUUUGGACAGACUAAGAGGUCCCGGGUGCUCUUUCGCUCAUUGAAUCCUUUUGCGCAGUGCUCGAAACCGAGUAGAGAUCCGCUUUUGUCGACCCUGUGUGGCAAAAAGCCAUGUUUUCCCGGUCUGGUGCAGAAAGAAAGGUAUUACCUAUCGCAGGAUUUCCCGGUCCUCCGAUAUCGUAUCGCGGUCUUGCAGAGGCAGCUGGCGACUACGACGCCUUGCACAUGGGUCCAGCUCUGGCGGGACAAGAGAGAUUCUGCGAACUGGCUGACGUUCUGGGCGGUGAUUUUUUUCGGUGCCUUUGGCUCUCUUAUGUCCUUGCUUCAGGUUGUUUUACAAUUUGUUUAA